GAACUGUCACAAACAAAAAAGAUGUCCAUUAUUAUCAUGUAGCUAUAAUUAAAACCCUUAAAUUUUGGGCAGAUGUAGUCAAAUAGAACAGAAACAUGGACAUGUACAAAACUCGGAAGGUAAAGGGAUCGAGGGGUCGACGGGAUAAAACAGAAGUCAGCUGUUGCAUGAAGUAUUUGAUGUUUGGAUUUAACGUAUUGUUUUGGCUGGUUGGCGCUGGGAUAUGUGCAAUAGGACUAUGGGCUUGGACAGAGAAGGACAUGUUCUCCAAUAUAGGACAGAUCACCAGUGUGACCCUAGACCCUGCUCUAUUCUUCAUCAUCACUGGUGGGGUCAUGUUCAUCAUCGGCUUCUGUGGCUGUAUCGGGGCCCUCAGGGAGAACACCUGUCUGCUCAUGUUUUUUUCUGUGGCAGUUGGGCUGAUUUUUGCUAUGGAACUCCUUAUUGGUAUUUUGGCAUUUGCAUACAAAGAUUGGAUAAAAAAUCAAAUAGAGUCUCAGGUGAAGACUAUGAUAAUCAAUUACAGAGAAGAUUUAGAUCUACAGAACCUCAUAGACUGGGUCCAGCAGGACUGGCUGAAAUGUUGUGGGGUGAACAGCUACGCAGACUGGGAAUUGAAUCGUUAUUUCAACUGUUCCUCUAAAGGCAGUAUAGAGGCCUGUGGUGUCCCCUUCUCGUGUUGUAAACCAACCAACGAUGUAAUAAAGAAUCGACACUGUGGAUUUGGGAUGAUCAGUAAUGCUGACAGGGAGACAAAGAUCUACACAGAAGGUUGUAUACCCUCGGGGGAGAAGUGGCUUGGAACCAACCUUAUCCCUGUAGCAGCUGUCGCCGUGGGGAUAGCUGUCGUACAGAUUUUAGGUAUCUGUUUUGCAUCCAUUUUGAGAUGUGAUGUCAAUGCACAGAAGGCAAAGUGGGGAUAUGACUACUGAAGCUCCACAGCUACAAACUUCACUUCAUUCUAUCCUGUGUAAUUAAUCUGAUUAUCAACUCUUACUUCUGUACGACUCCUUAAUCUUUGAGCCUUGUCAAUACUGUGACCUAUUUAGAUAUAUGUAUAUAGGGAUAUUGGGAAUUAUCCUGUGUGAUUCAUUCCAUUUGUUUUGCAGAGUGUUUACAUGUAUUUAUUAAUAUACAUGUAUUUAUCUAUAAAGAAAAAGAAGUGCAUAGAGUUUUGAUGUUUUGAUAGCUGAAGCCUUCCCAUAGUCCAAUGUACAUUUACCUAUCAUUUUUUAUAUGUUUAUGUAAAUUUUUUUCUAUUGUUUGAAAAAAAAAUACAUCAAUGACAUUUUAAAGACAUGAUCAAUGACAUUUUAUUUGAAAUGCAUAUUUUCUGUGUUUUAUUAUAUAAAUUAAUGACUUUUUAUAUCCGUAAUUUGAUGCUGUAAAUCAUGUUAAAAUUUUCCUUAAAAGUCUCUUUUGACAUAUUAUUUCAGGUUUUUCUAUGUACUGUAAAUUGAUUGGUACAUGCAUAUCAAGGUUUUUCCCCUCCUCUUUUGGAUUAUUUUAUACAUUUACAUAAAUGCUUACCUUUUGUUUGUACUUGAUUGAUUUUGGAAACUGAUCACUACCAGAAUUCCCUUUCCUUUUGGAUUUCUAGUCAAUACUUUUUUCCCUCUUUGUGUGUACAUCUGCAAUUUACAGCUGUUCUAUCAAGUGAUUGGUUGUUGUUUUUUUUUUUUUGAGUUGGUUUAUGUGAUUGUAGCCUUUUCAGAUGGUUGUGUAUUCCCUUUUACAUUUUUCCUCCUUUAAAUAGAUAUAUUUUGCUUUAUUUACAACUUAUUUAUCAUUUUACUUAUAUAUAUAGAGUAUGAGUUGUGAAGCAUAUACAAGUAAUCUUUAAUUUUAUCUUACAAGUCAUAGACAUCAAAGAAUGUAUGUAGCAGAAAGAUCUUUUAUUCUUUGAUGACAGGACAUAUUGCAAUAUCUCUGCUAUGAAACUACACUAAAUGUUUGUACAUGUAUAUGUAUGGAGAGGGCUUACAUACACAAAGUCUGCUGUCCAACUAUUUAUGUUAAUAUUAUUAUAUACUGUAUGUUUAAAUCAAUGCUUGGGUGUUAUUUGUACUUACUGGUAGUGCAUGUACUGCAGAAUCAGUUUAAUUUGUGGAAGUCAACUUUCAUGAAUUUGUCGGAAAGUUAUAUUUUGAAGAACAUCUCUUUAUGAAAGAUGAUUCAUAUACCUGUAUUGUAUUACUGUUUCGGUAUCCUUAUAAAUUUUGAAAAAAUUCAGGAAAAUUAGACCCCAUCAAAUAUAACAGUUCUACAAUUUUGUUUUUUAGGGUUAAGGUUAAAGCAUUUUAGAAUGGUUGUAUUAAUUCUUCGGGGGCAUUAAAACUGUUUAGUCAGGUUAUAUUCCGUCCUCCAGGUCAUAAGUUUUAAGAAUGGUCAUGUAUUUUUAGGUCACCCAAGCCAAAGGCUCAAGUCAGCUUUUCUGAUCAAAAUUUGUUCAUUGUCUGUUGUGGUUGUUGUUGUAAACUUUUCACAUUUUCAUCUUCUUCUCAAGAACCACAGGGCAAAUUUCAACCAACCUUGGCACAGAGUAUCCUUGGGUGAAAGCAAUUCAAGUUUGUUCAAAUGAAGGGCCACACUCUCUUCAAAGGUGAGAUAACCAAGAAAUAGAGAAAAUGGGAUGGUAGUAUCUAAAAAUCUUCUCAAGAAUCAAUGGUUUAGAAAAGUUGAAAUUUAUAUGAAAGCUUCUUGGCAAAGUAUAGAUUCAAGCUAGAUGACGGGGUAUGGGGGGUUGUUAGGGAGGGGCCACAAUUUGGAUCAAUUUUAUGUAGGAAAGAAUUUUUUUUUUUUUUUAAUUUCAAGAAACAGCAAAAUUAUAUGCAAUAUCAAUAUGGAGUCAAGUAGUAUAAAAUAAAUAAAUAAAAUAAAAAUUAAUAAAAACCUCAAGUAGUAUAAAAUUACCCCCCCCCCCUGUUUCCCUCAGGUAAACUUUUCAAUACUGACCUGAUUUGUGUUUUUUUCCUAGCCCAUAUGCUUAGGUGAGCAAUGUGGCCCAUGGGCCCCUGUUAUGCAUUUUUGUUAGGUGCAUGUCAUUUAUACUAUGUUCUUAUUGUGUUUAGCUUUUUACCACCCCAGCCCACCCCCAUCUUCUAAGUACCACUACCUUUGUUUUUCUAAGAAAUAUAAGUUAAAUUUUGCAACAAACUGGUUGAAGUUUGCAACAAACUAGUUGACUUUGGCAACAAUUGAUAGUUGAAUUUUUGCUUCAUAUUUAAAAGAAAACUGAAUAUUGUAUCCUCACAAACAAUAACGCACGAUUAUAAACAUUGCGGAAUACAAAUUAACAAAUGUAGUGUGUUAAUAGUUUAAAUUUUUAAAGAUUUUUUGUGUGUUAAUUUUUUGUAGAACAUUCAGGUGUCUUUAAAGGUACUGAUAUAUUUAAGGUAACUCUUUCAAAAAGUAAUUGUAUUCUUAAUGAAAAAAAGAAUAUUGCAAGGAUUACUAGAGCUUUGUAAAAUUCAUUGAGAAAUAAAUAGUCUAUUUUAUUUUGUA